UUUUUAAAACACAGGUCACGAAAUUUUGGCUCUGACCGAAGAGGUUUUGGUCGGGGUUCUAGACGGGGAAACUACUCAAGACAUCACCAUGGGGAUUCAUUUAGGCAUCAUUUUCUUGACAUUAGUGUGAGUCUUCCCAUCCGAAAAGAUCAUUAUGGCAUUGAAAUGAAUGAUUUGACUGCAGAGUGCGAUAUCUGCUGUCGUAGCUCCGAUUUGUUUGCUGUCGGUCCUUGUAUGCAUCCGAUUUGCAUGGAAUGUGGAAUUCGUCUUCGUAUUCUUGGUAAAAAUGAGAACUGUCCUAAAUGUCGAACUCAGAUAGAAUUGAUGAGUUUCGUUCAAUAUACUGGUAGCUGGGAUUUAAGUUCUGUUAGAAUAAAAUCACCAGCUGCGCACAAGGAUUCCGAACGAUAUAAAGUUCUGUUUGCUAACGAGUACGCGGCAAGGUGUUUUGAUAGAUAUUUGGCGCACAUGUGUCCUAUAUGUAAGAAAAAAGGAGAGUUGAGAGAGUUUCAAACCUUUGCUUUUUUAAAUCAACAUGUGUAUAUGGUACACCGUUAUUUUUAUUGUGAUAUAUGUGUCGAGUACCUUGACUUGUUAUCUCAUGAGAGGAGAGUUUAUACGCAGCUGGAUUUGGAAAGGCAUUUGGAAAAGGGCGAUUUGGACGACACGAGUCAGAAAGGUCAUCCUCAAUGCUUAUUUUGUGACAAAAGGUUUCUGGAUGAGGAAUUUCGUUAUAAGCAUUUGAGGAAAGAACACUUUUUUUGCCAAAUCUGCGAUGCCGAUGGAAAUUCCAAUUACUUUUACAGCCAACACUCAGAUCUUAUUCACCAUUACAAGAAGAAACAUGUUGUCUGUGAGGAGGGCGAGUGUAAACAGCUAGGGAUUGCAUUUCGAAACGAAAUAGAGCUGAAACUUCACAAGGUAUGUUUAUCUAGCUGGUUUUUUGAUAUUUCGCUCUUUUUUUUUCAAUAUGCUUUUGUUUUGAAUUGCGAAGGUUCUUAUGUAAGGUUUAGGAGAGUCGAUCCUACCGAAUUUACAAUUGUGCCGUCAAUGCAGGCUCAAGGAGUUGACGUAUCGCUUCGUUAUUCACGGACUCCGGGGUUCACAAUGCAGGGAAAUGACUUCCCUCGUCUUGGCGCUAGUUCUAAACAAAAAAGUAGGAAGAUAGACAAGGAGACUAAUUCAACUUCGCCUAGUGAAAAACCAGCUAAAAAAAAAGAAGACAAACGUGUAAGCAGCGUGUUUUUUCCAGAUAUAUUUUAUAACAAUUGUCAUUUUAUUAUUACCUGCUGUUAUGUAGGGUCGCUUUGCUAG